GUGGCACAGACGGUCUUCUUCCAGAGAAUUCCUUUGAGGGGUCCAAAUAUGAGUUUGGCAGCAUCGGCCUGGCCCUGUACAGCGGUCUGUUUGCUUACGGCGGAUGGAACUACCUGAAUUUUGUCACUGAAGAAAUGAUUGAGCCUUACAAAAACCUUCCCCGGGCCAUCAUGAUCUCUCUGCCCAUCGUGACCGUAGUUUACGUUCUGACCAACCUGGCAUACUUCACCUCACUCUCCCCUGAGGAGAUGCUCGGCUCAGAGGCCGUGGCUGUUGAUUUUGGCAACAAGCACCUGGGUCCCAUGGCGUGGAUCAUCCCGGUGUUUGUAGGUCUGUCCUGCUUUGGAUCUGUCAACGGCUCUCUGUUCACAUCAUCCAGGUAUAUACAUUCACACUAUCUAACCAG